GGAGCGCGAAUCGUGGCGCGAAUAUUUUGCUGAUUUUCACGUAGAUUUCGUCCAGAAAACAGCUGAUUCUUCCAUUUAAUAGAUAUGUAUGUCACGACAGAGUGAAACACCAUUCAUGUUGUCUUGGUAAUGGCGCGAUCGAAGCGUAAGUCUUCAAAGCAAGUUGGCGAGGAACCUUCAGCUAAACGAUCCAGACAUGUUGCUGACACUCCCAGAACAAACAAGAAGGCUGAGGUGGAGGAAACACUUUUUGAUACAGUAGUGCAAAAAGCUGGUCUUCAAGUGAACUCAGGCCUGGUGCAAGAUGUUUUAGAGGUUGAUCGUGCUAUCUUCCAGAAAAAAGUCAGAAAUGCACUUAAAACUCAUGAAAAUUAUCCAGAGGUAAUUUAUUUUUGA